UGUUGACCUCCUUGCUCCCGAUGGCCGCUACCUGGCACCUCCACGUGGAUCCUGUCGCUCAGACGUUGGAUGCUAAGUGUGUUUGUUGUGGGAGGGCUUAACUACGUCAGACGGUUUAUCUCCCUAUCAUUCACUGAUUUCUCACUAAUACACUCUCUCUCUCUCUAAGUCAGCGAUUAGGGUUUUAUCUCCCUUCUCUCUAGAACUCCUUCGAUCGCCAUCUCCGUCUGUUCUUCUCUUCUUUUGUGAGUUGUGAAUGAUGAGUCUCUUGCAGAGGUAACCUGUUCGGUUUCCUUGCGAAGUCCGAGGCUAGAUUGACUCUCUGUGAUUCCGAUCUGUUAAACCAGAGGAGAUCUUGUCGAUUCCUUGUGAGAUUCAAGCUUCCGUGAGUUACUCUAUGGUUCUUCAGUGAUCACGUGUUGAGUUGGUCUCUGUGUGUGCAGCAAUUGAUGAAACUAGGGUUUUUGGGUUUGAGCACUUCCGAGUUACUCACCUUGUGAUUGUGAUUGUUGUUAGUGGAAGAGGUCUUUGGCCGGUGCAGUUGCUUGCAACAACCUGGGCCAUCACUGCUUUGGAUCUUCCUGUCCUUUGUUAUGUUUCUUUUGUAUAGAUCCUUUAGGAUCUAUUGUCUUGUGUUAUUGAUUUGUUUUCUUGAGUGUACAGGUGAUACUUGCAUGAUAGUUCAUACUUGAAUUGAUAGAGAUUCAAGUAGUGCUAGGGUUCCUGUUGUAUCUUGUCCUGUACGAUCUUCUAACCGAUACCAGAAAGGGCAUGAAUCUGUGUCUGAAUCCACCGUGCUCGAUAACAACCCCUUCAUUCUCUGCCGCGAGGAGGAAGGACAAGAAACCCGAUCCCAUUUACCGAAACAAGACCCCAAUAAGUCUCCCUUUCCAGAAAUCACACCCAACCCCUCUCUUGCUCCAGCGGAGACUCCCACCCCAAUCCAAGAAGCAAGCCCUAGAAAACAUCAUAAGCGAUUUAGAGUCCUCCGCCAAAAAUGGCAUACAAUUAAACGAUCCCCAAAUUUUUGCAUCCCUUUUGGAGUCUUGUUUCCAGUUGGAAGCGAUCGAUUACGGCGUAAGAGUUCACAACCUUAUCCCAGAGAAGCUACUGCGCAAGAAUGUGGGGAUCGCAUCGAAGCUUUUGAGGCUAUACGCGUGUAGUGGGCAAAUCGAGAAAGCCCACGAGGUGUUCGACGGAAUGUCUGACCGGAACUCCUCGGCUUUCCAUUGGAAUUCGCUUAUCUCUGGGUAUGCUGAGAUGGGCCAAUAUGAAGAUGCGCUGGCGUUGUUCUUUCAGAUGGUGGAGGAUGGAGUUCGGCCCGAUCAGUACACAUUUCCGAGGGUGUUGAAAGCGUGUGGAGGAGUUGGAGUGGUUCAGAUCGGGGAAGAAGUUCAUCGCUGGGUGGUUCGCUCUGGCUUUGGAAACAACGCGUUUGUUUUGAAUGCGCUUGUCGAUAUGUAUGCGAAAUGCGGUGACAUUGUUAGAGCUAGGAAGGUUUUUGAUGGAAUUAAGGGAAAGGAGUUAGUUUCUUGGAAUUCAAUGAUAAAUGGAUAUGUUAGGCAUGGUUUGAUAAUUGAAGCACUCUCUCUACUUCGUCGGAUGGUAGUCGAGGGAAGUGAGCCUGAUGGUGUCACUCUAUCAGCGGUGAUGUCAAGCGUGCUGCUUGAGAAAAUUGGAAGAGAAGUCCAUGGAUGGGUUAUCCGUAGAGGAAUGGAGUGGAACUUAUCCGUGUGCAACUCAUUGAUGGUUUUCUACGUGAACCAGAAUGAUCUGGAGAAAGCAACAUGGUUGUUUGAGUGUAUGCCGGAGAGGGAUGUAGUUUCGUGGAAUUCUAUAAUUUUAGCUCACUCUAAAGAUCCUGUAGCCCUAGCGUAUUUUGACCGGAUGUUGGAUUGUGAUGCCUCGUCGCCAGAUGGCAUUACAUUCGUCUCCUUGUUGUCGGCAUGUGCUCACUCGGGAAUGGUUAGGGAUGGAGAGAGGUUAUUUCGGAUGAUGGUGGAGAGGUAUGAGAUGAGCCCGAGAAUGGAGCAUUAUUCGUGUAUGGUGAAUCUUUAUGGAAGGGCGGGGUUGCUUGAUGAAGCGCAUGAGUUUAUAGAGAAGAGAAUGGAGAUGGAGGCUGGGCCGACUGUUUGGGGAGCGUUGCUGUAUGGUUGUUACCUUCAUGGUAAUGUUGAGCUCGGGGAGAGAGCUGCAGAGCAUCUGUUUGAGUUGGAGCCAGAUGGUGAGCAUAAUUUCCAGCUCCUGAUUAAGAUUUAUCAGAAAGCUGGAUGUUAUGAGGAUGCUGAGAGAGUAAGAGGUGUGAUGAUAGAAAGAUGCCUUUACCUGUAGAUUUUGUGCUUGAUUUUAUUUUGGGAUAAGUUGCUUUGAUAAAA